GAAAUUCAUCAGAUGCACUUCUGAGGCUGUAAAUCAUAUUCAUUGGAUCACAGUGCGCACAACCAACCGACCGAUACGACGACUAAUACGACGACCAGGCGGACGGGCGGCAGCGAUCGAAUCACGGGCGUUUAUACGAAUUUGCAUAUAUUGUGGGGAGAUAGUGGUAAGAAAUAUAUAAUAUAGAAAAAUAAUAAUAAUGUGGUGGCCGUGGUGUAUAAGAGUAUACAACUCGCUCCGAUUGCGACCUGAUGGCGGCAACUAUAAUAAUAUAAAUAAUAACAAUACGAAAUCGAACUACUAUUGUCCAUCAUCAUGCCCAGUGAUGUAUCAUUGUUAUUUAAUGAUUGUUAUUGUUUUAUUUGCAAAUUUUACAAUUUUGCUAGCUAGUCAAUCGGGUAUAUAUAUGGAUAAUGGUGUCGAUCAGACUAUUAUGCAUCGCAUUCUCGAUGAUAACGAAAGAAUCGACGUAGAAGAUGAGAUAUUGGAAUUCCUUGGAUUGCCCGAAAGACCUAGGAGGAAGCACAGUCAUUUAUCGUUGAGAAAAUCCGCACCACAAUUCCUUCUAGAUGUUUAUCAUCGUCUAAAUGAGGAAGAUGAUGACGAUAACUUAAUGCGGUCGAAACGUGAUACACAAAAUCACGAUAAUUUCAUAACUGACCUAGAUAAACAAGCUAUAGAUCAAAGUGAUAUUAUAAUGACGUUUCUGAACAAAAAUCACCAUGUAGAUGAAGUACGUCAUGAACACGGAAGACGCUUAUGGUUUGACGUUUCAGAGGUUCCCGAUGACAAUUACUUAAUGAUGGCCGAACUUAGACUUUAUGUGAAACCAUCCGAAGGAAAGGAAUCAGAAAGUGGAAAGAAUUUCACAAUAUCGGUGUAUUCUAUUGUGCAAGUUGAUGGCGAGCGAGAACUGGAAUUGUUGUCAUCUUUAAACACCACUGCCGACUAUCAGGGUUGGCUGGAAAUGAAUAUAACCGAAGGUCUGUCCAAAUGGCUUGCCAAUUGCAGUGAAAACAGAGGAAUUUAUAUUGGAGCCCAUGAAGUUAAUCAUCCAGAACAUGAAACAAAACUCGAUAAUAUUGGUCUGAUACAUCAGAGGGGUGAAGAAGAAUAUCAACCAUUUAUGAUUGGUUUCUUUCGAGGGCCAGAAUUACUCAAGUCGACAAAACAUCAAAUCAGCAGACCUAAACGAGAUACUGGACGAAUUCGACGUAUCCGAAAAUCAGAAGUGAACAACCCCUUACUGGAUCCACAUUAUGGUGAAGGUAUUAAGAGUUGUCAACUUCAAACACUUUAUAUAGCAUUUAAAGAUCUUAAUUGGCAGGAUUGGAUUAUUGCUCCUGAAGGCUAUGGAGCUUAUUAUUGCAGUGGAGAAUGUAAUUUCCCCCUCAACGCGCACAUGAAUGCUACAAAUCAUGCAAUUGUACAAACUUUGGUACAUUUGUUGGAGCCAAAAAAAGUUCCGAAGCCAUGCUGUGCUCCAACUCGAUUAGGACCUCUAAGUGUACUUUACUAUGUGAAAGAAGAAAAUGCUAAUUUGAAAAAAUAUAAGAAUAUGAUUGUUAAAAGUUGUGGUUGCCAUUAGAAAAAUAAUGAUAGUAAUUAAAAACUUGAAAUCUAUGAACAUA